AUUCCCCAAAUCAAAAUACCAAACUCAACAUUAAAUAAGUGUACUCAUCAAAAUAUUUGUAACAUAUUUUAUUUUGAACUGAGAAAUUAAACUAUAAGACUAUAUAAUAUGAAAUCGAUAUGUUAGCGAGCUUUGGAGGGUGGAUUAUACUAGUUUUAGUAAAAUGAAAUGAUUAUAGUGACAUGUGUUAAUUAUAAUAUAGAUCUACUAUAUAUGAGUUUGAUGGUGGCCAGAAAUAGGUAGACAUCACAGGCACAACAUCAACUAAAAAAAUACAAUAAAAGUUUGAAUUUUAAAGAAUCAAUUUUGAAAUUCCAAGUUUGGGACGAGAAGGUGCAUGCGAACCGGAUAUGACAAGCACGUGAAAACUCGAUUUGGCAUCACGUGACUAGCACACUUUCCCAAUGACAUGUUUCAGCUUUUCUUCUUCUUAUUAGCUAGCCUCAAGCCCCUAUCUCUACUCGUAACAUGUUCAUGUUUCCUUCAUGCAUUUGUUUAUUAGUUUUUCACUUAUUUUCGAGCAUUGAGCCCAUUUCUCAUUGAUUUCAAAGAAAAAAUCAUCAAAUUUUCUACUGGUAACUUUAAUGUUUUACAUUUCCAAUGUCCAUCGAUAUCCUAUACUCUGUUUAAAUGCAAAUAUGUAUUUGUGUAAUCUAUAGAACCAUCAUAUUAUUGGACUAACAAUUUAUUUAAAAGACUUGAAACUAAAACGAAAAAUGUUUUGGCAUAGUUAUAAGUUUUAAUUAAUACUGUCUCUGUUUCUUUUUCCUUGUUUUUAAAAUACGUACUGUUAGCCUCAAUAAAACUAACUAAACCUGUCAAUUUAUCACGAACAUGUAACGUAUAAAGUAUCAAAAAGUUUUAGUUACCAGUUUAUUUGUCUUCGGUUAUCCACAAUACCUGCCAGUUUAUAACAUUCUACCUACCAAACUAUAGACACUUUUUACUGUACAUUUAAUUUACAAUUUGAGGAGUAUAUAGUUCAAACUUUUCUACUUUUCCUUUUUCUUGAAACUCGUUAAAGAGUAAAAAGAUAAAAGUGAAAGUAAUAGGGCAAAAGGGUAAAAAGCGAAAAGUAGGGAAGAAAGUGAAAUUAAAUGCUCGUCUCUACCACUUUCUUCAAUACUAGCAUUUAAUUUUCGCCCCAGAUCCCUAGCUUCCUUACACACAUCCCUAUCCGUUAAAUUUCGUAGACAACAAACUUAAUUGCAACAAGACGAAUCCUUUUUUUUUUUAUAAUAGUUAUUAAAUUUAACUCGAAAACCCUUUUUGCUUUCUCUCUCUCUCUCCUCUGUUUAGUGUCUGCUACGGGUCUCGUUUAAAGAAAUCAGCAAACCCAUGGAUUCUUCUGUCACUCUCUCGCAUGCACGAGAGCUCUCUUGUACGUUUAAUUUAACCCCCACCCCUUUUGUUUUCUUCCUCCCCAUAACGACAAAUCACUAAUCUUUUUUGAAUUUCUUCAAUCCUCUGUUUCUCUCUCUCUCUCACACACUCUGUUUUCUCCGAUUUGAAAGCAAGAUGGUCUUCCCGUUGUCCUUUCAGCCAAAAGCAUGAGACUUGAGACUACGGAAUGGGUUGCGGAGGAUCCAAAGUCGAUGACCAACCGCUUGUGAUUCUCUGUAGAGAGAGGAAAGAACUGAUCAAAGCGGCGUCGUAUCAUCGCUCUGCUUUGGCCGCCGCUCACCUCGCUUACUUCCAGUCUCUCUGCGACGUCGGCGAGUCUAUCAAACGCUUCGUCGACGAGGAGUUAGUCCUCGCUGGCUCCAACAACAACUCUUCGCCGCCGGACUCGCCCGUUCUCACUCUGCCUUCCGACCAAGGGAAGAAGAAACACAAGAUCUCCUCUUCUUCGACCUCUGUUUCGCAUUCCCUCGUCCAAGAAGAUGAGGAAGAAGACGGAGAAGGCUCGCAUUUGCAUUUGUCCUCUGGAUCUGAGUUCGAUUCCGGAUCGGAAUCUGGAUCUGAUGAUUCUUUAGGUCAUCAUCAUAUCCAUAUCGAAUCUAGCCCUAAAGUGAAAAAGGAACAACCUUUACCGGAAACUUACCCGCCCGGUUACCCACCAAGUUACCCGCCUGGUUAUCCGCCGGGAUAUCAACCGGGUUACUCCUCCGGGUACCAGUAUCCGGGCCAAGGAUGGGGCUUUAUGGGAGAGAACCCGAAUCCGAACCAGUAUCAGGGAAUGUACUUCAUGAAGAAGUCUGCGCCACCGUCUCGUCCGGUAGUGUUUCAGCCGGAGAAUCACCGUGUGGAGAACGGGCAGUGGCCACAGGAGAAUGGUUAUGGAUACUCCAAUGCUGGUUAUUAUGGUUAUCCUGAACAACAACGUAGAGCAGCGCCGCCGUCUCCGGCGAGGCCUCCACCGUCUCCUCCCACGGUUUCCACUUGGGACUUUCUGAAUGUGUUUGAUACUUACGAUUACAACAGAGCUGGAGCUGGUGAAAGUUCUGGUUUUUAUCCGGCUGCUAGUGGAGUUAAGUCGAAUUCAAGCAGCCUUGAUUCGAGGGAGGUGAGGGAGAGGGAAGGGAUUCCUGAAUUGGAAGAUGAAACUGAGCAAGAAACGUUGAAACAGUCCAAGAGGAAUAGUGUUGAGAAGAUGAAAGAGCAUAUACCUGAGAACGAGCCGAGCAAGUGGUCCCAACUUGAUGAGAGGAAGAUCAAGAAGAGAGGAGGAGACUCGGGUGAAGGAACAUCGAGGGAUGUGCCUAUGGUAGAGAGUUCUUUUAGUUCAAAGACAGUGUCUUCGUUUACAAGCAGUGAAGAAGGAUCUGAGUUUCACCAUGUUAACGAAGGAGAAGAAAGGAAUAGCAGUCACGGGCAUGAGGCUGUUGCUAGGAAGAGCGUUGGAGAAGUGGAGGAAGAGUAUGUGAGGAAGAAAGGAGUGAGCUUUGAGUUGGAGGAGAAUAUAGCAGCAACUUCUUUUGAUGUUGAGUCUUCCAAGAUAAGUAGCUUGUCUGCAUUGUCGGUUCACGCCACUAGAGAUCUAAGAGAAGUUGUGAAGGAGAUAAAGAGUGAGUUUGAGGUUGCUUCUUCUCAUGGGAAGGAAGUGGCUGUGUUGCUUGAGGUCAGCAAGUUGCCUUAUCAGCAGAAAAGCUCCGGCCUUAAAGUUAUCUUAUCUCGGAUCAUGUCAUCACGCUCUCAGCCACAACCAUCAAUAAGGUUAACAUCAAGGAUACUGAAAAUAGCAAAAUCAUACAAUGUUCAGGACGUUCCAGAAGGCUUCACUGCAAACCUCUCAUCAACCUUGGAGAAACUCUACGCCUGGGAAAAGAAACUGUACAAGGAAGUCAAGGACGAAGAGAAGCUUCGAGUUAUCUACGAAGAAAAGUGCAAAACACUGAAGAAACUAGACAGUCUUGGUGCAGAGUCUAGCAAGAUUGAUACAACUCGAGCAGCCAUUAGGAAGCUGCUAACAAAACUCGAUGUCUGUAUAAGAUCCGUUGAUUCCAUUUCCAGUAGGAUACAUAAACUGAGAGACGAAGAGUUACAGCCACAGCUCACUCAGUUGAUUCACGGGUUGAUAAGAAUGUGGAGAUCAAUGCUAAAGUGCCACCAGAAGCAGUUCCAGGCCAUCAUGGAGAGCAAAGUUCGAUCUCUCAGGGCAAACACCGGCUUACAAAGAGACUCAGGCCUCAAAGCGAUUCUUGAUCUUGAGAUGGAGCUAAGAGAAUGGUGCAUCAGCUUCAACGACUGGGUCAACACUCAGAAGCUCUACGUGGAGUCUCUAAACGGGUGGCUAUCAAGAUGUCUUCACUACGAACCUGAGUCGACGGAAGACGGUGUGGCUCCUUUCUCCCCAAGCCGCGUUGGAGCUCCGCACGUUUUCGUUAUAUGCAAAGACUGGCAAGAAGCGAUGGAGAGAAUCUCAGGAGAUAACGUCACAAACGCCAUGGAAGGCUUUGCAACGAGUUUACACGAGCUGUGGGAGAGACAAGACGAGGAGCAGAGGCAGAGAGUGAAAGCGGAGUACGUGUCUCAUGAUUUCGAGAAACGGUUGAAUGACCUUCGGAUGGAGAGGGCGAGGGUGAGGAUGAGAAACGAGCAGUUACAAGACGGGGGUGCGUCGUCGGAGAGGAGCGUGGUGUUGUCGGAGAGCGGGAGGAUCUCGGCGCUGGAUGAUCUGAAGGUGGAUUUGGAUUCGAUGAGGAAGAAGCUGGAGGAAGAGAGAGCGAGGCAUAAGGAAACGAUUAAGCUAGUGAACAAUGCGGCUUCGAGUAGCUUACAGUCUGGUUUAGUGCCCAUCUUUGAGGCUUUAGGGAAUUUCACAUCACAAGUUGUGAAAGCUCAUGAACAUGUUAGGUUUCAACAGCCUCAGUCUUCUUCUUGAUGAGGGUUUGAUUUUGCAUCAGAAAAUUUUGGUAAUGAAAAAUUAGAUUCGGCGUAGAAAAAUUGUUUGUAUAUGUUAAUCUCCAUUUAUAAUAUUCAUUGAUUGGUUGAUUA